GAUCCCCAUCCUCCUCAUAUUCUCUCUUACUUUAUGUUUUUUGUGAGUUUUGCAGCAAUCACGUUCAUUUCGCUCUACCAUGAGUAUGCUGAUCUAAUUCAUCUGAUUGUUUCACCGUCCUUUAGAAACCUUAUUCAGUCUGGAGCGGAGUCUGGUUCGUCAUUUUCUGUGUAUCGUGGAACUGACAAUGUCCUUAACAUCUUCGGAGGUUACAUGGAUAAACGGUUUCAGUUGGCUUGGACUCAGAACACGGUCACACAAACUUUCAGUCUAGGUCUAUUAUCCGUAUCAUUUACUUUUAUCUGCUCACACACCAGGUACUCGAUACUAUACACCGCUGGUUAUCCUUAUUUUCUGGAUCCAGUAACUUUAUCGUUUUGGCGAGACGACUACACGGCAGUUAUUCGAAAUAUAACUCAUCAAGUUCCUUCUCAUCCUCCAAAAACACGUUUGGUGCACGUUCAUUCAUUGGCUCUAUUAGCUGAUGCUAUUGUGCGUAAAGUAGACCCAAAACAUCGAACAUUGGCUCAUUAUUUCAUGGAGGAGAUUGCUUGGCCUCUAGGUAAGUUACUGUUUUUUUAUUGGACAUCUUUAAACAUUCGAAUAUACUUGAUAAUAAUUCGAUGA